UGGUAUGUGCAUGUGCAUGCUACAAUGGCAUUAUGGAAAUAUUUCCCCUCCCACAAGGGUCGAUAAAUAGCUUCACUACUAUAUCAUCGCCACUCUCCUUGGGCCUCAGCAUCAAUUACAAGUUUUAGAAAAAAAAAAAAGAUGUCUCUAGUGACUGAAGAGAUCAAAGCUAGCGCUUCAGAAAUUUACCAUGGAGAUGAGAUAUGUCAAGAGAAAUCAAAGUUUCUGCUGGAGGAAAUGGGCAUGCCCAGAGGACUUUUGCCCCUCAAAGGCAUUGAAGAAUGUGGGUAUGUGAAGGACACUGGUUUCGUGUGGCUGAAACAAAAGAAGAGCAUAACCCACAAGUUUGACAAGAUUGGUAAGCUUGUUUCCUAUGCAACUGAAGUCACAGCUGUGGUUGAGAAAAACAAGAUCAAGAAGCUCACUGGGGUGAAGACCAAGGAGCUUCUGGUUUGGAUCACACUCAGUGAUAUCUAUGUUGAUGAUCCACCAACUGGGAAUAUCACUUUCAAGACACCUGCUGGGCUGUUCAGAACUUUCCCUGUAUCAGCGUUUGAGAUUGAAGGUGAAGUUAACGGUGCUGUUAAGGACAAGAAAGAAGAAAAGGAUAAUGUGAAGCCUGCUGCUGUGGAAGCAGUGAAAGAGGUCUAGAGCAGUGAAAGAGGAUUUGUGGGGUUGUUUUUGGAUUUGCUAUCUUUUAACUAGCCUCUCCUAUUAAUAUCAUGAAUAGCAGCAAUCAAUAAAAAAUAACAGCAUGUUAGUUUACAUUCAGAACACUAAUGUUGCAUCGCAUUGCAAGUCAAAUUGCCCAAGGCUGAGAUAUCUAUACUUGUAUGUUGCAAAAACUAGUACUGUGUUUCCUCUUUUUGAGUUAAAUCAAAGAGAAUAAAUAAUUGACUACUACCAUUGCUGCAA